AUGGAUGGUAUGUCUAUGGCUAGUAGUAUGAAUAUGGACGGCAUGUCUAGUACAUCCAAAACAGUAGCAUCGAGUAUGGCAUCAAUGAGCAUGGACGCGAUGUCCAGUGCUAGCAAGACAAUAGCAUCCAGCAUGGCAUCGAUGAGCAUGGAUGCGAUGUCUAGUGCCAGCAAGACAAUAGCAUCGAGUAUGUCAUCGAUGAGCAUGGACGCAAUGUCUAGUGUCAGCAAAACGAUAGCAUCAACUAUGGCAUCAAUGUCAGGCAUGUCAAUGGGAAGCAGUUCGAUGUCAGGCAUGUCGAUGGGAAGCAGUUCGAUGUCAGGUAUGUCGAUGGGAAGUACAUCAACGAGUUCGGCCAGUGUGCAGGCAACUUCUGAUUCUAGCAUGUCAAGUAUGUCAGAUAUGUCAGGUAUGUCAGGUAUGUCAGGUACGUCAUCGUCAGAUAAUAGCAGUUCUUCAGGAAUGGAUAUGGACAUGAAUAUGGGGAUGAACUAUUACCUGACUCCUACGUAUAAAAACUAUCCGGUUUUGUUUCACCAUUUGCAUGCAAACAAUAGUGGUAAGGCCUUUGGUAUUUUCUUAUUGUUCGUCGUGGCUGCUUUCGUCUACAAGCUAUUACUUUUCGUUAGUUGGUGCCUUGAAGUUCACUGGUUUAAGAAAUGGGACAAAAAAAAUAAGUAUUGCACUUUGCCUUCAGCGAACGCCAAAGACGAAGUAAAACGUUAUGACACAGAGAACAAUUUUGAAAUUCAAGGUUUGCCUAAGCUACCAAAUUUAUUGAGUGAUAUAUUCGUUCCAUCUUUAGUGGAUCUCUUUCACGACAUUAUAAGAGCGUUCUUAGUAUUUACCUCUACGAUGAUCAUUUAUAUGUUGAUGCUUGCUACCAUGUCUUUUGUUUUGACCUAUGUUUUUGCUGUGAUUACUGGUUUAGCUUUAUCAGAAGUCUUCUUUAAUAGAUGUAAAAUAGCCAUGUUGAAGAGGUGGGACAUCCAACGGGAAAUUCAAAAAACGAAGAACUGUCCUGGCUUCGGCAACUGCCAAUGUGGCAGACAUCCCGAACCCACCCCUGAUCCAAUUGCUGUUGCUGACACUACUUCUACUAGUGAUCAAAGCACUCGCCUAGAAAAAAAUAACGAAUCUAAAGUUGCGAUUUCUGGCAAUAAUCAAAAGAAAACACCUACACAAGAAGAGGGAUGUAAUUGUGCUACAGUAUCAGGAAAAAAUCAGGCAAACAUAGAGCGUGACAUUCUUGAGAGCUCCAAGUUGCAGGAACAGUCCGGAAAUAUGGACCAAAACUUGCUUCCAGCCGAAAAAUUCACCCAUAACUAA